AUCGCAUGGUAAACACGAUCAUUUCGCGCCAUAGGCUAACGGUUAAUUGGCUCUGAAAAGCGGUUUGGAAGGAAAGUCUUGUCUUUGAGACAGAAUUUAUCUUCAAAAAUGCCGGAAAAAGUAGAAGAACAACCUGUACAGUCUACAGAUAACCAACAGGAAGAGGCCAAGGAAGUCCCUAAGGCAGAGGAAAGCCACGAGGCAGGCAACGAGAAUGGAGCUGAAAAGCAAGAUGGCGCAGAGGUAGACAAAGCUGAAACUGGCAAGCAAGAAGGUGAACCUGGGGAUGCAGAGGCACCAAAACGCAGAGGUAGGAAACCAAAGAAGAGUGGAGAAGGUCCUGAGACUAAGAAACCAAGGAAAGAAGUGAAAACUCCAGAACGUGUGAGCUCAAGAGUAAGGAACCGAAGUACUGGCGAGAAAAUGCCCGCGUUCAAAGACAUGAAGGAGGAGCUCCGAAGCCCUACAAGAAGAAAGUCAAAGAGCGAUGCCAAAGACGAUGAAAAGCCUGCCACAAGUGAGGGAGAACAAGUUGAAGCAACAGCAUAAAAAUCAAUUGUUCAUUAUAUUUGUUGGAGACGAAUGCCAGACGAGAGAAGUAUCUGAAUUUUAAGGCGGCUAGCCUACUGCUUUGAAAGUCAAGAUAUCAAUGGUCGCUAAAAUUUUGCCCGGAUGAUUGCAUUAGCCAGACGAAAUGAACAGUUAUAGAGAUUAAAACUUGAUAUAUGUUCUUCGCCUUUAAAAAGGAUGUUUACAGUUUUGUGCUGCAGUUCUUCGAUGGACUAGUAUACUUUCUGAAGAGAGGUUUUAUGUAAAUAUAUGUUGUUUUCAAAGAUAAGUAAAGUUUCGAAAUAAAGUCGCCAUUGCUUUUCAUAGCAACAUUUGUAUCACUUGUAUUAUAUAAAUGUAAUAAGAGCAGAUUGAAAAAUGA